AUGGCAGCAGCACACGAAGACUUCUUCAACGGCAGAGGCAGCGAAUUCGACUUGGUGCAGCAGGAUGAUUUCCUCCUCGAUAAUGUAGAAGCAACGCAGCAGCAGCAGCAGCAGCAGCAGCAGCAGCAGCAGCAGCUGGAGCAGCAAGCGGACGAGCAGCAGCAGCAGCAGCAGCAGCAGCAGCAGCAGCAGGAUGCUGAUGUAUUCCUUAACAAUGGAAUUGAAUUCCCCUCCACAGCCAGCCAAACGGAAAACCAUAAGAGAGAGGACCUGCAGCAGCAGCAGCAGCAGCAGCAACAGCAGCAGCAGCAGCAGCAGCAGCAGCAGGAGUUUGAAAUCCCCGGGUCUCAGGCUGUAUAUAUGAGCUCUGAGGCUCUGGCGGAGCAGGAGCAGCAGCGGCAGCAGCAAGCUGUGCUGCAGCAGCAGAAGCAGCAGCUGCAGCAGCAGCUGCAGCAGGAGAUAGAUGCAAGGCGGCGUGAGGAUGAGCUGCUGCAGCAGCAGCAGCAGCAAACAGCAGAUGAGGAAAUAAAGGAAUUCUAUAAACAGAGAGAGAAACACCUAGAAAGACGAAAGGCACAGCUCAAGUAUACUGCUGCUGCUGCUGCUGCUGCUGCUGCUGCUGCUGCUGCUGCUGCUGCUGCUGCUGCUCUUGGUUGUGGUUGUGGUGGUGGUGCUGCUGCUGUUCCUUGUGUUGCUGCUGCUGUUGCUGCUGCUGCUCUUGGUGGCGAAGGCAGCAGCAGCAGCAGAAAAAGACAAAACGAAUUGCGGCAGCAGCUGGGCGCGGGUGCUGUGGCUUGUGAACAGCAGCAGCAGCAGCAGCAGCAAGACCAGCAGCAGCAGCAGCAGCAGCGCAGCAGCAGCAGCAAAAGAUAA